UCUCUAAUCCCCCCCUCAGCGCCGCGGAGAAGAAACCGAAAAGCUGUCGAGAACGUUGGCCGGCCGCUUUGACCGCCGCACGCACAUCCAAACACACAAAAGUAUUCAGCGCCCCUUUAAACCCCCGCACCACCAUCAACAAAAACACCGUUACCGAAGCCUACAACGUACGCUCCUCAACCCAAACGAAAGCCGGGCAUUUCUUCAAACAACGAUGCGUCGCAGCGGAAAGCUCCACGACGCCGCCGCCGCCGCCGGCUCCCGAGCAGCAUCAACCCCACGACGCGAACAGUCAACAGAGCAGCGUCUCUCCAUGGCUCCGUGCUCGUCGUCGGAGUGCUCGUCCGUCGGGACGCGGUGAUCGCCGAGAGCUGGCGACUUCGGCGAGGGCCAUGGGCAAGUUGAAGGCGUUCGACAUCACGCUGGACGGUUGCCGCAGCGUCUAUCAUCCAGGUCAGGCCGUGCGGGGCAAGUGCGUGUUGGACCUAAAGGGCGACAUGCGGCUCAAGGCGUUGCGUGUGUUCAUGCGGGGCCUGGCCAAAGUGCACUGGACAGAGUCGAGGAGCACGGGGAGUCGGCUCGGCGCCUACACCGAGCACUACAACGCCGAGAUCGAGUAUUUCUUUCAGGGACAGACUCUCUUCGGUUCGGAGUCUGGAGGAGACGGCAGAGACGUGCUCACGGAGGGCCAUCAUGAAUUCAACUUCAGCUUCCUCCUUCCAACAAGCGGCGUCACGACGUCGUUUGAGGGCAAGUACGGCAGCGUGCGCUACUGGCUCAAGGCAGAGGUUGAGAAGCCGUGGUCCUUCAACCACAAGACCAAGAAGGCCUUCACCGUCAUCAGCCCCAUCGACAUCAACCGCAACGAGUACCUGAUGCCGGUGGAGAGCAGCGUGGAGAAGACGCUGUGUUGUUGGUGCUGUACCUCGGGACCCAUCUCGCUGUACGCGAGGACGGAUCGCAAGGGCUACUGUCCUGGAGAGUCAAUCGCCAUCACCGCAGACUUCGAGAACCUGUCGAGCCGCACGGUGGUUCCCCACGCCACCCUGCACCAGACGCAGACGUUCCUGGCGGGAGGCAAGUCCCGGUCGCGGCACUGCAAGUUCACCAUUGUCACGGGGGUGGCCAUCCAGCCCGGCCGCUCGGCCAACUGGGACGCCCAGCUGCUCAAGAUCCCCGCCGUGUCCCCCUCCAUCACCAACUGCUGUCUCAUCCAUGUAGAGUACGCCGUCAGGAUCACCCUCCAGAUCCCCGGAGCCUACAACCUGUCGGUGGACCUGCCCAUUGUGGUGGGCACGGUGCCCCUGAGGUCCAGGCCCCCGCACUACCGCUCCGUGGGGGCCCUGGGCAGGCCCAGGAUACACUUCUACCCGCCAGCACCCCCCUACUCGGAAGGAGACGACGACGACAUGCUGCCUGUGGAACCUCCCCCGACUUAUGCGGAGUGUAUAGAGGGGUCCGUCGACAUCGGCGACGACGAGGAAGGGGAGGUUCUGGGCGACACCCACUUCACCCCCAUGUACGCCUACGUCCACGACUACCUCUACCAGCCGCCUCCAGCCUACUCUGAGGUGGAUCCACAUCCAUCGCCACAAGGUGAGGAAGAGAGGAACUGUCCCGACUGAACCUGCAUCCAGCAGAGAACGCAAAACAGACCACAUCUAGCAGACGACGCUUAGCAGACGGUGCUGAGCGAAUGCCAACCCAGGAGGCUACAUCUAGCAGAUGACUCCUCGCGGGGCAGAACACGGAACUUCCAGUGACUGAAUAUGCCGACGUUCAACACGUUAGCACCGGUGAUUCGUCAAUCCGGCGGCGAAAUCCAAUGUGCCAUCGAAAGACUCGAGAACAGAAUGUCUCUUUUUCUUUUAAUUUUUUUUUUUCCUCGCACAUAACUGCCAUUUCUCUUUGUACAUUUUUUUCCCCCACAGCUCUUACCGUAAAGUUUGAGCAUUUAGGGUUAGUAAACACGUCGAGUCCAGUUAGUGAGUAGGCGAGGGGCGAGAGUUCCUUGCCCUGUACAAAGAUGGCGCUCACCUCGUUUCUUCGCUGGAGCGAGCUGUUACGUCGUCCAGCACUUUGAUGCAGAUGUAUCGAAGGGUGACGAGCAUGCAACAAAUAGGGUAAGGUACGUCACUAUCAUAAGUGCCAUAACGAGUGAUAUUCUCUUAGGCCACAUAUUAAUGCCAUCUACUAAGUGCACAACACCCACGCAGACUUGUGUCGUGUGCUCCAAAGCCAUAUUAUGAACACAGUUAGGCUUAGCACAAAUAUCUGCACACAUCAUUGUGAAAACCUUUUGAGAGGGGAGGGAGGGUAGCGAAGCAGUUGUGUAGUCACAAGGUACUACUGACAUGCUCCUA